AUGGCAGAACCAUCCUCCUCAGGCCCUCCUUCUAAUCUACCUGCUGUCGCCCUUACCGAAGCUGCUAUUCGAGAACGAUUUGCGCCCUCUGAUGUACGGAAGAAGCAGAUUCGAGCUCUUGUAGCCCAGAUUGGGCGCAGCAACCGUCCCCCUAUCUGGGCCGCUCUCACGACCUGUGAUGAGCGCCGUCUCAAAAUCUUAAGGGCAAAGUGUGACUGUGACCCUAUGUUUCGAACUAUCUUCGGAGCGUUUAGCUCUAGUAUCGCCGAAGCUGUGAUGGCCUGGGUCCAGAUUCCAAACGCACCCAUAUCGAGAAGUGCGAGCCCGCCCCCUUCCAAGAAGCAUAAAACAGAGGGCAGUGAGCCCUAUAGGACCAGUGCGUCGGACCAAGCGAAGAAAAGGGACAGACACCGAUGUGUGUUGACGGGUACCUACGGAAUAGUCGAGGCAGCCCAUAUAUACCCUAGAUCUAUGCAUUUUGCGGAUGCUCCACCGCAAACUAUUGCUCUUCGCGAGGUUCUCUGGCGGAUUAUAGAGAUCUUCCAGCUCCGCGAGGUGGCAUCGGCGUGGAAGAAAGAAUUGUUCGAGAAUGAUGGCAUUACGCCAAAGGCAGAUCACUGCCGUAAUAUCUUGACUCUGGCUGCAAGUCCCCAUGCUGCGUGGAAUACCGGUCUCUUCGUACUAGAGCCCAUUGACAUUGUUGAUGAGGGCCAUACGCUCAACAUAAGAAUAUGGUUCCUUGGCGACGGCCCUGAUGUUGCUUCAAGCCAACUAAUGUCACUCAUUACGGAACCGGCGACGACUCUUCCACACAAUAGACGUCUACCAAUGACCUACGCAGAACAAGAGGAAGGGGACAACUGGUACACACCCCCCUACGCAGGUGGAUCCCCCCUGCUGUCCGGCCAAAUGAUCCCAAUACACAGUGAUGAUCCCGAGAAGCUUCCUUCUUUUUUGAUUCUGGAAAUGCAGCUGUUUAUGACACGACUUUCCCGUCUCAGUGGCGUGGCAAAGCUUGAAGAUUGA